AUGGCAAUCGACAUGAAUGUCAAAGAACUUUUGGUCAUAGGGGAUUCAGAUCUAUUGAUACAUCAAGUCCAAGAGGAAUGGUCCAUCAAGAAUGUUAAUAUACUUCCUUACCUACGCUGCGUGAAAGAGCUAUGCAAAAAGUUCACGAAGAUUGAAUUCAAGCACGUCCCUAGGAUUCAGAACGAGUUCACCGAUGCCCUUGCAACCCUAUCAUCUAUGAUCCACCAUCUAGAUAAGAACUACAUCGACCCAAUCAAGGUGGAGAUUAGGGAACAACGUGCCUAUUGCUUUCAUGUAGAUGGAGAACCAGAUGGUAAACCAUG